UAUAAUGUGCUACACGCGACAGUGAUAUCACACAUUCUUCAGGUUAAUUUGUUGUGUUACUUAUCGAUCAAAACAAGGUUUUUAAAUUUGCAGUGCCUCUUUUAACAUGGCUGGUAACUUUCACGCGAUGGUAACUUCUGAGAGUUUUCUAAUAGUGUUAGUAACAUUUCUAAGAACCUGUGGCCAUGUGGGAAUUAUCAAGACUAUGGGUAUUUACUUGGAAGACAUCAACCGAAGUCUUAGAACGACACCAACCGAUAUAGGAAUCGCUCUUGGUCUUCUGAGUGCAUUCAGCAGUUUUCCAGCUCCAAUAAUUGCUGCCCUCUACCAACGUCGUUCAAUCCGUCGUUUCCUCCUUGUGUCUGGGGCGUGUCUAACUCCAGUAGGAGUGGCGUUAACAUCCAUGGCAACCACCAACGCUCAAAUGGCAAUAUUUCUUUCAAUUACAGGUCUUGGACAUUGUGUCAUAAUGGUUUGUUCUAUCAUUUCAUUACAUCGUGUUGCUUCAAACAAUUACAAUCUACUCUUCAGUCUUGGAAAGACUGGAUAUGGGACUGGUAUGGUUCUAAUACCAUUUUUGGCUGAACUGUUGCGUAAAGCUUAUGGCUGGAGAGGUGGAUUGCUUAUCAUGAGUGGACUGAUGGCACAUAUUAUUCCUUGUGCUGUUGGUAUAAAGCUGGACUCUGAUGAGAAUAUCGAACGUGAUUAUCGGCAAGUUCUGAGUAGUUCCAUUGGUAGUGAUAGAGAAGAUGAAGAAGAACAAGGAGAGGAAGAAACGGGGAAAGGAAAACAUGACUGUAAUAGCUGCAUCCGUCGGGAUACAAAAGGAAACGACUAUCAGCCUGGAGCUUUGGCACGGAUCACCACCAGUAUUCGCCAGUCAGAUUUCUACUCGGACCCUCUGUUGAACGUGAUAAUCAGUCUCAACAUGACUUUCUUUGUGUUCUAUAGCGGCUGGCACUCCUUUCUCGUACCACAUACACUCCAGAGAGGAAUCUCUAUCCGAGACACCCUGAUCAUUACAUUUACAGCAGCAAUAGGGAAUACCUUCAGCAGGGUUGCUGUAGGUGUCCUCACCAACAACCGUUUCCAUCCGGUCACUAUAUUUCUCUUCGCUACAGUGGUGGACAUAGUUGCACUCCUCUGCGAUAUUUAUGUCGUCAACUACUACCUUAUCUUAGUGACGUCAUGUGUCUCCGCAAUGUCGAUAGGAGGAAGGGCAAUUUUGGGCGCGCUGAUUCUGAGGGACAGAGCGUCUCCAGAGAAAUUCCACAUCGCAUUUUCUGUCGAUAAAGUCUUUCAAGGAUUUGGGAUGUUUGUUGGUGGUUACUUUGGAGGUUGGAUUGCCGAUCACUUCUCAACCUAUGACGCUACGUUUAAAUUCCUAACUUUCAUCGACGUCUUCAUUCUCGGACUGAUAACAGUAAUCAAGAUCAAGCCGAAACCCAAUCCCACCUGACCAUUCAGAAGGGACCUAAAUAUUACCUUCCGUUCGUGGUUAUUCAAGUGCAAACGAAAACCUGACAAUACCUAUUGUACAUGCUAAAUGCUAAUUUUUGAAAAUGGUCGGAAAAUCUUUCAAAUGAGAAAAGAUGAUUCUGAUUGGAUCUGAGCUUCUGUCAUAGUAUAUGUGGAAAUAAAUUUACGAGAUGCUGCACAGACACCAUGAUUACUUUCAAGAUUUAUCUUUCUUGUUUCAGCAAACCAUGGAAGAAUAAUCAUCUGAAAACGCUAUCUACAUGAAUCUCAGAAAAGUCAUGUAAAGUGAUUGAAGUCCUAGCUAUCUGUCUCACAUAAGCGGCAUGCUCUGCGAAGUUUUGCUCCUAACUCAAGAACACCUCUAUGCGAAGAGAUUGGUGCUCCAUCUCUGCUGAAGAAUGGCUAAUUCAAUAAGACCUCUCAACCAAGCCAGGUGUACUCAAUGGUCAGUUCACUUCGGUCCUCCCAGUGAAGAUGCAUCGCAUCUACCAGACCUUGGAGAAAGCCUAUAUACUCAUCCUGCAUUCGAUAUUGGCAGAAAGAUUCUUGGAACUUCCUACGAACCUGAUCAAAUUCAGCAUGUGAUACUGAUUAACUUUCUGCAGACCCAAGUGAGCUUGCUCACUAAGGCAAGGAACGUUCGAAUAUCCCGAAGGUUCGUAAUUCCGAAGAUUCGUUAGUCCGAAAACGAAAUAAGGUUCGUAAUUCUAAAGGUUCGGGAGUCCAAAAACAAAAUGAGGUUCGUCAAUCCGAAAAUGAAUAAGGUUAAAUAAGAGGGGGCAGGGGCACUUGCACCCCCACCAAAAAAAAGAAGAAAAUCUAUAGCAUCGAAAUACUAUUAUUCUAAUAUGAGAAAUACCCCUUUUUUCGGAAUAAAAUACCCUUUUAAAGUAAACAUUUUAGAUUAGAGAAAUCCCGAUCUUUGGGGUUGUUAGCAGUUAUUGUUUAGCAAGGUACUCUCCGUUUCUGUUUUAAAAAGGCUUAGAAUGUGCAGUUUUAAGGCUGGAAUCUCUUUUUUAGCUUGCGCUUCACACUCGCAUUAUUCGAUGUAUCCUAUACACGAGUCACUAAACGCAGUCAUUAACAGGUGCCUUUUCUGGUCAGUAUAUUUUAGCUCGCACUUCACGAUCAAAUUGCCUCGCACCACAUGUUUGCUUAAUUUCGUUAAUUGUAAUCCAACAAGAAAUACUCUUUAAUACCUGUACUGAAUUUAAUCGAUCUGUUACCCGCAAUUUUACACUGCAUGUAUUCCGAUUUUUACUAUUCUUUUUAAUUUAUGUUUGGUUCUUUGACUAAGGUUUAUCGAUAGAUUUUUAUAGAAUUAUUUAGACAGGUUUCAUUUCUUUAUUCACUUUUGUGAUUACAACAAUUCUGGUUCUACUUUCUGUUAACGUUAAGGUGGCCAGAUGCUCGCAGGUUAGGACUUCAUUGACCUCCCGUAUGAUUUGCUAUCAUUGUCAUCAUCAUCAUUACCACCACCACCAUCAUCAUCAUCAUCAUCAUCACCACCACCAUCAUCAUCAUCAUCAUCAUCACCACCACCAUCAUCAUCAUCAUCAUACUGUUCCGGCACAGAAAAUUUACAUACAAAUCAGUUAUCAUAUCUUCGAUCUUAAAAUCUUGGUAAUAUCGUUUUUUCUUCACGAGUAAUGACAUAGACAUUUUUUCUAUUUUCAAUACAAACAAUGCAUCAUGUAAUAAAUAUUACUCAACUGAAGAUUUUACUUCUAAAUUUA